UUUCUUUUUAAAUAUCUAUUUUACCUAACUCCUCCAUCCAUACGCAUACAAACUUCACUAGUUCAUCUAGCGUUUGAAGAUGGCGGGCCACGGGACAAUCGGUUGAGAAGAUCCGAUGACCAAAAUUGGGAUUGUCUCUUCGUCUUUAUUUUCUACGGAUUUUGCUUCUCCAGCAAGAACACGAUCAGAAACAUCGGAGCUAGAAAGUGAAGCCGUGAAGGUGUGAAUAUGGACGCCGGGAAGCUCUUCGCUCUGAAGAAAAAGAAGGGCAAUGCCCAAGCCCAAAAGAAGGACCCCUCGGUCCAGCAGCCUGUGGAAGCCUUCUUUCAGAAGGAGACUCCGGAGCCCUCUGCUGCGGAGGUAGUUAUCGGGGUGGCGGAGGGGGCCACAAAAAAGAAGAAGGGCAGCAAGGCGGUUGAGCCCCCUGCCAAGAAGCAGAGGGGUACCGGGGCACUGUUGGCCAGGAUGCCCCCUUGGUGAUCAUUGAGGAUCGCCCUUCUCUGGAUCCCCUGGUUGGUGCUGCGGCGACAGCUCGGCCCGAUCUCCCCUUGGGAAGCCUCCCCCGGGAGAUUCUGCAGCUUUCCUUGGCCCCGGGGGCUUCUGUGCUACAUGGCUCAGCAGAGCCGAAGGCCUUCCUGAGGGGGAUCACCUCGGCGAUGGACAAGGUCGCCCUCUCGACUUAUGAUGAUGCGGCCCUCGAGAACAAGAUCCUUCGAUCUUCGUUAGCUGCUUGUGUAGCCCUUGGGGAGAACGCUCAAAGACUCAAGCAAUGGCGCCUUCAGAAAGCGGAGCAGGGUCGGGAAAUGAAGGAGCUUAUCCUGAAGAACUCUGAUGCUGUGAAGCAGAUGACCUCGCUGGAGGAAGAUCUCCGGAAGGCUGCCGAGGGUGCUGAGCUGAAGGUCAAGGCUGCUGUGGAGGAGGCCAGGCUCGAGGCCGAGAGGGCCGCCAAGAAAGCUGCCGAGGAGGCAUAGCUCGCCAAGGCCGAGGCCGUCGCCAAAGCCCGAGAGGAGGCUGUUGCCGUGUUUGUGGCCGAGGGCUGGAAAACCGAAGACAGGCGGCAGUGGGUGGCCUCGGUAGUGGAGUCUUCGGUCGACGACUGGGUGAAGGGCCCCCGGGCCGACUGGAUGGCAAAGAGGGGCGACAGCUACUACCAGGGGGCGAGUUCUUCACCCAACAUCUGGUGUACCGGAGGCUCGCCAGGCAUUUCAAAGUCCCCCUCGAGGACUUCGACCCCUCGGCGUACGGCCUUCCUGCUUUGCAGCCAGAUGUAAGAAACCCCCUCCCCCCGGGCGAAGAGAGGCCUGUGAUCCACGACUCCAUGAUGAUGGGGGGAUCUCGUGAUGGUGAUGCCGAGGCUGCCAUCGGGGAGGAGGUCACCUCGAAGCCUGCCGAGGAGGCAACAACUGAAUGAAACAUUUGUACCUAGUAGCUUUUGAACACCUCUUUUUCUUUGUAUGUAAUGAAUAUUGUACGCCCUCGGCCUCGGCCCAUUUGUAAUAUACACUUGAAUUUUCCUUUCCUUUGAUGAAUGAAUGCUUACCUUCGGG